AUGUCAUCAUUCUUUCGUAGAGUAUCCAGGGACAAGGAUUACAAGGUUUCCAAGUCGGAUCUCACAAACAUCAGAAUGGGGACUCCUGGAACCAUUGGUAGUACUGGUACUCCAGGUACCACUGGCUCCGGUAUAUCUCUACUAAAUGCUCCCACCGAGGUCGUUCAAGCUGUGCGGGCGUACAUAGCUCAACUUCCUGGUGAACUAAGCUUCAACAAAGGUGAUUUCUUUCAUGUUCUGAGUCGGCCAGAUGAAACUAUCAUCGAGGUACAUGAUCCUGUUCGUAACAUACGGGGUAAUGCUCCUGUUUCUGCUUUCAAGUUUUUUGAGAAACCCCAUCGAGCUGCGGGUGGUCGUACUGACUCAGUAGGUACUAUAGGAACUACAGGCACUACAGGUACUACAGGAACCACAGGUACUACGAAUACUUCAGGUACUACAGGUACUACGAAUACUUCAGGAACCGCAGGUACAAAUGGUACAAAUACAUCCUAUGGGGAUCCCCAUACAUCACAGAAUAGCUCUACAGGAUCGCACUCACACCAACGUGGACCAAUGAGUUUUGGCCAGUCCGAGCUGCAGCCAGUCCCACUUCCGUCCGCCAGAAGAGGCUCAUCAGGCUCGUCUCUUAAACAUCCUGCACCAUUACCCUCACUCUAUGGUGUGGUACGAUACAAUUUUCAUGCCGAGAGACCGGACGAAUUGGAAGUCAUAGCAGGAGACAGCGUUAUAUUAUGUGCUCAUCACGAAUACGAGUGGUUUAUAGGUAAAUUCCUAAACAAAAUUGGAGAGCCAGGACUUAUACCCGUCAGUUACGUGCAGUUAUAUGAUGUCAAUACCAAAGUGCCCUAUACAGAUGUUGCCAGAAACAUCAUAGAUAACGUGCAGCUUCCAACUGUGGACGAAUGGAAAGCCAUUAAAAACAGGCACAAGGCCAGUGUUCGCCCUGUAGGCCCUGCUGCCACUUAUGACAGUGCAACUGCUGCUAUUGCUGCUCGACAGAAACCAUCACAGAUUACUCCCGGAGUAUCUUUUGAUUCACGUAGAAACCAAGGUUCCUUUCCAUUGAACUAUUCAGUUUUACCCGGCACUAGCGCCAGACUUGGGUCUGCUGCUUCCAAAAGCUCCGCCACUGCUCCUUCCACCAGUCAAACCUCUCUAUAUGCGCAAGAGGUCAAUCUUGAAUCUUUUUCGUCCACUAACGGCAAGUAUUGGUUCCUCGUGCGGGUGGUUCUAUCUGACGAUUCCACAAGAUGUUUAUGUAGAUACUAUGAGGACUUCUUCAAUUUCCAUCAGAGAAUAUUGACUGCAUGGCCCCAAGAAGGCGGCAAGUUCGAUACCAAGGAUCACAAAGAACGAAUUAUUCCUUUCAUUCCGGGGCCUAUGAUGGAUGUCAGUGAAAACCUUUGCCAUCGCCGGAUGAUGGAUUUAGACAUAUAUUUGGGAACUUUAAAACAAUUGCCCGACUAUAUCUCAAAAUCUGUUCUUGUCAAUUCAUUUUAUGGUCUUUGGGAAGGUGAUCAGCAGCUGUCAUUUAACGACGUUACCCAGAAUUCUCCAAUUAGACCUUCCAGGCCCCCUCCCAAUCUGAUUAUAUUGGGUAACAGCAACAACAGCGGCAAUAGCAACAACAACAACGACAGUAAUAACAAUGCUCCAGCUUCCAACGAAUCUCCAGGACGGCCUCAACCUUACUUUCCUAAGCAGCGCUCACCUUCUAAAAACUCUCAAUCACAAAGAGAUCGAGCAUCUGAAUAUGAGCAUAGCCGGCAAGGCUCUCUUGCCAGCAGACUAAGUGGAUUGGCUUUGAACCAUCAUAACAAGCGGAUGUCAUCUGCUUCAUCAUCAUCUUCUGUCAUUCUCAACAACCUUGGAAAGACCAAGACACAUAGUAGAAGUCCUACUAAGCUGUCUAUAAAAUCAGUGCAUACUCCGAAUUCUGUCGUGGGUGGUAUGGGAGAUUCAAUGAACAAGCUCAAGUUAAAAUUCUAUUACAAAGAUGAUAUAUUUGCUAUUGCUGUUCCUGAAAACAUCACUUUGACCAGUCUUAAAAGACUCAUUAUUCCAAGAAUCGACGAAUGCAAGGAUCCCCAGAUUGAGGACAAAUUAAAGGUAAUCCCGAAGGAUGUAAACAAUGUGGAUAUGUUUGAAUAUCUUGAUGAGGACAUCUUAAGAUCUGACAACCAGUUAAGGGAUUCACAGAGUUUUAUGGAUAAGGGCAAGUUUUUAGUUAUAGUGUAA